UCCUUAUUUCAAGAUGGGUUCAGGGAUGUAGGGUUGGAGUUGGGAAAUUUCUUAGUUCUGCUAUGGAUGCUUUGUACUUAGGCAAGUUCAAAACCUCCCCAUGCCUUAGCUUCUUUACUGGCUAGAGUAGGGUUGGAGGCAUUUCAGCUUUUCCUUCUCACCUGAUGCUAUCACUACACAUCUAGGCAUUUGUGUAAUGGAAGCUUACAAAGUUGCCCAAUACCUCUCUUCAUGUGCCCAAAGAGAGCAAGCAAGUGUCCCCAUUAUAAUUUUUACAGUGAGGAGCCAGAGCUUCCAGGUAUGCUAAGCCGUUGCUCCCCGUUCUGCUGCUGAAUGCAUGCUGGUGCCUUCCAGGGUCACCUCUUUGGUCUGAUUCACUUAGUGCUGUGGCUCAGAGAAGUGGCCCUCUGUUUCAGCCGGCAGCUUGCGGUUCUGUGGACAAUCACAAUGGGAAUCCAAGGAGGGUCUGUCCUGUUCGGGCUGCUGCUUGUCCUGGCUGUCUUCUGCCAUUCAGGUCAUAGCCUGCAGUGCUACAACUGUCCUAACCCAACUACUGACUGCAAAACAGCCGUCAAUUGUUCAUCUGGUUUUGAUACGUGUCUCAUUGCCAGAGCUGGGUUACAAGUAUAUAACCAGUGUUGGAAGUUUGCGAAUUGCAAUUUCAAUGACGUUUCAACCCUCUUGAAGGAAAACGAGCUACAGUACUUCUGCUGCAAGAAGGACCUGUGUAACUUUAACGAACAGCUUGAAAAUGGUGGGACAUCCUUAUCAGAGAAAACAGUUGUUUUGCUGGUGACCCCACUUCUGGCAGCAGCCUGGUGCCUUCAUCCCUAAGUCAACACCAGGAGAGCUUCUCCCAUACUCCCCGUUCCUGCGUAGUCCCCUUUCCCUUGCUGCCGCAUUCUAAAGGCUUGAUAUUUUCCAACCGGAUCCUGUUGGGAAAGAAUAAAAUUGACUUGAGCAACCUGGCUAAGAUAGAGGGGCUCUGGGAGACUUCGAAGGCCAGUCCUGUUUGCAGGGAAGCCCCACUUGAAGGAAGAAGUUUAAGAGUGAAGUAGGUGUGACUUGAGCUAGAUUGCAUGCUUCUUCCUUUGCUCUUGGGAGGACCAGCUUUGCAGUGACAGCUUGAGUGGGUUCUCCGCAACCCUCAGAUUAUUUUUCCUCUGGCUCCUUGGAUGUAGUCAGUUAGCAUCAUUAGUACAUCUUUGGAGGAUUGGGCAGGAGUGUGUGAGCAUCCUCUCUCACAUGAACGCUUUCGUAAACUUCAGGGCUCCCGUGUUGCCAUGGAGGCAUGCCAAAUGUUCCAUAUGUGGAUGUCAGUCAGGGGCAACAAGAUCCCUAAUGCAGAGCUAGAGGACUUCUGGAAGGGAAGUGGGUAAGUGUUCCAGAUGGCAGGGCAUGAAAGCUUAAGGGAGAUACAAGUGGCUGAAAGUCGAGUUUUUCCUCUAUCUUUAAAUUUUAUAUGGGCUUUGUUAUCUUUCACUGGAAAAGUGUAAUAGCAUACAUUAAUGGUGUGUUAAAGCUAUUUCCUCUCCUUUAUUUUUUUAAUUGGAAUGGUGGGAGAUCUUGGAUUUGCCACACACAGUUACAGAAUGAACACUCCGUACAUGUGACUAGCAGUAUUAAGUGUGCUUAUUUUAAAUGUUACUGGUAGGAAGGCUGUUCAGGUAUGUGUGUAUACAGUAUGAAUGCAAUGGGAACAACCUUUGUGGUUACAGUUUGAGACUUCCAGAGGUCAUCCUUAAUAACAACAGAUGUGCAGGGUUGUUUUACCGUCUGCAUCCAGCCUUCUGUUAACUCCUAGCUGACUCAGCAUAGAUUGUAUAAAAUACCUUUGUAAGGGCUAUUAGCACAGUCACACAUGUUUGAGGCUUUCAGAAGCUCUUUCUAAAAACUUUUUCCUUUUCCCUGUGUAUUCUAGUGAAUAAAGCUCAAGAUUCAGUAGACCUUAAUAACAUUUGUAUGUUAUGAUCUUGGCUGUAUUUAAUGGCAUCGCCUGACUUUUGCAGAUGGAGGAAUUUCUUGAUUAAUGUUGAAAAAAAAAAAAAACCCUUGAUUAUACUCUGUUAGACAAAUUGAGUGCAGUGAAUGAUGCCUUUCUGAAAAUGAAAUAUAACAAGUGGAUGAAUGUGGUUAUGGCCCAAAAGGAUAAAAGCAUAUGCAGUAUGCUUAAUGGCAGUAACUGAAAGAAGACAUCCUGAGCAGUGCCAGUUUUCUUCCUUUGAUGCCAUUCCCUGAACAUAGAAAAAUAGAGACUUGCUUAUCAAAACUUA